AUGACGACCCUCCUUCAAUACAUCCUCUCGCAGGAUUCCUUCAGAAAGAACCGCCUCCCCUCCCUCUACUCAGACUUCCCCAUCCACCGCAAGACCAACCCCGAGGGAUACACCACCAAUAUCGCAGCCUGGGAACAUGCCUUAACCUCCGCCGCAAAGCACGGCUACAUCGCUCCACAUGGGCCCGCCUCGAAGGGCAAAGCGAAUCACUUGAUCCUCCGAGCUGAUGAAUCCUUGCUACGUGAUCUAGAGAUUCCGGAGUGUGGACGGCCUGUCGCACUGGGUGCGGUCUUUGACGAAGCGACAAGGAAUCGAACCAUGGUGCCGCUGCAUCUUUAUCGGACUAACCCAGCGAGUUUGCGCAAGCCGCAGUGGGGGAUUGAUACGUCUGUGUUGAGUCCAUGGGCUGUCAUGAGCUGGGGUAUGAAGCAGUUGAAGGGUGUUGUGAUUGGAGGCGAGGAGGCGACGCCGAGGUUACAGCCUCAGGAGUUGGUAUUGGUGGAGAAUUUGAAGGAGGCUGCGGACCGUGUAGUCAAGCACGCCACGGCGAACAGUCCGUCCAAAACGGACUUGGUUUUUUCCAAGGAAAGCUUCGUGAACGAGUUCGCGGGUGCUUUGGAUGAAGGAAGUCGCUUGUCGGAUGCGGAUAUGGAUGUGCUGUUACUGUAUAUGUCCCGCGAUAGCGGUGCUAUUGCGUACGAUGGCAAGACCAUCAAAUUCAGAACCAGUGACGCUCCAAAAGAUAUCACAGAGCAAGAUACCGCCGUCGCCUCUAUCAAAACGCUCAUGGCGACUAUGAACAAGCAGGUGGAAAACCUGGAGAAUAAAAUCACUGAGCUUAAUGCGACUGCCAAAAUGGCACUGCAAAACAAGAACCGCGUUUCUGCGCUCUCGGCUGUGCGCUCUAAGAAGCUCGCGGAGCAUAAUCUGAAACAGAGACUGGAUACUCUGAUGCAGCUUGAGGAGGUAUAUUCCAAAAUCGAGCAGGCGACGGAUCAGGUGCAAUUCGUCAAGGUCAUGGAGGCAAGCACCGGCGCACUUCGGGGCUUGCAUACUCAGAUCGGUGGUGCAGAGAGGGUCGAGGAUGUGGUAGAAGAGCUGCGUGAGGAGAUGUCCAAGGUGGAUGAGGUCGGAAACAUCAUGAACGAGGCUGGUCCACAGAUUGAUGAGACUGAGAUCGACGACGAGCUGCAGGAACUGGAGAAAAAGGAGCGGGAGGAUAUGGAAGAGAAGGAGGCAGAAGAGACUCGCAAGAAGCUUGCCGAACUCGACAGUCUCCAGCAGGGCGCUCAGGAAGCCGCUCGCAGAACUGCAGCGGAGCGAGCUGUGGAAUCGGAAUUGGAGGACCGCCUGUCGAGGAUGUCGGUCGAGGAAGGUCCCAAUACCACUGCUUAG